AUGAGUAGUGUCAAUUUUGGGGGAAAAUUUUGGGGUUGCGGAAAUUUCAGAAAUCAUGUGAAUAUGGGAUGUAAUUUCUUCAAAUGGUUCGACGACGACAUUAUCGAUGAAAGGGAAUUGAAGAUUCAGAGGCAGAAGAAGAAAAUUUACAAGUUGAAGAAUGAGAUCAUCAACACAAGGGGAUGGUUGAAAUUCUCUAUAAUCAUUGGAAUAUUGAGCUUACUGUUUAAUGUUAUAUUUGUAACAAUAGUUUUUUAG